GAAUCCUUUCUCUUUCUCUCUCAUCAAUUCAUUUUGAUUCUUAUCUCCACAAUCAUAAAGACCAUGGGGGGUGGGGGUACACCAUUUAUUUCUCAGUACCCACUAUAUUAUAUGAAUCCAUUCUCAAAUCCCAUUAAGACUUGAAAAUUUUUCAAGGAAAACGGAUUUUGUUAGAAAAUGAGUCAGUGUGUUCCGAGUUGGGAACUGGAUGACAACAAUCCACUCACCACUCGCCAUCACUCGUUCCGCUUCAACUCAAAUUCCACUGCCCCUGAUGUUCCCAUGUUAGAUUAUGAAGUUGCUGAAUUAACAUGGGAAAAUGGGCAACUAGCCAUGCACAGCUUAGGUCCGCCACGUGCGGUGGCUAAACAACUAAACGCCACCACUUGGGAUAAACCAAGAGCCGGUGGCGGUGGCACUUUAGAGUCUAUAGUGAACCAGGCUACUUGUUUUCCAUAUGGUAGUAAGGAUUCUGUAGGUGUUGGUGGGGAUGAAUUGGUAUGGUUGGACCGCCACCGUGUUUCGGCGGCGGCGGUGUCUUCAUCAGCCACUAUGACUAUGGAUGCUUUAGUUCCUUGUUCAGAAGACAAGACCACCACCGUACACGUGUUGGAAUCUAUGCCGGGUCUUAGUGGUGGUGGAACUUGUAUGAUGGGAUGUUCCACUAGGGUAGGAUCCUGUAGUGGGACGGUUAAUACACAAGACGAUGUCACAAGGAAACGCGCAAAGGCGGCGCGUGUACAAGUAGCACCACCGGAAUGGGAACAAAGCGCAAGUGCCAGUGCCACGUUCGGAAGAGACAGUCACCGGAACGUGACCAUCGAUACGUACGACAAAGAUUUUGGUGUUGGUUUCACUUCUAUUUCACAUGGUUCCAUUGAAAACACGAAGACUGCAACAGAUAAUGAUCAUGAUUCAGCUUCUCACAGUAAACCUCAGGAGGAGACAGGUGAGGAAGACAAAAAAGAAACUAUGAAAUCUUCCAUUUCAACAAAAAGGAGCAGAGCUGCAGCUAUACAUAACCAAUCUGAACGUAAAAGAAGAGAUAAGAUAAAUCAAAGGAUGAAAACAUUACAGAAACUGGUACCUAAUUCAAGCAAGACAGACAAAGCUUCAAUGUUAGAUGAAGUGAUUGAAUACUUAAAACAAUUACAAGCACAAGUCCAAAUGAUGAGUAGGAUGAACUUACCAUCGAUGAUGUUGCAACAACAACUUCAAAUGUCGAUGAUGGCACCGAUGGGAAUGGGGAUGAGUGUUAUGGACAUGAAUUUCAUGGGCCGACCAAACAUCAUUGGUAUCUCACCUGUUUUGUCUAAUCCUUUUAUGACAAUGAAUACACCUUGGGAUGGUUCUAACAACAAUGAUCGGUUACAACAAGCUGCUUCAAUGACAGACCCUUUAUCUACAUUCCUUGCUAGUCAAUCACAACCGAUGACUAUGGAUGCUUAUAGUAGAAUGGCUGCUAUGUGUCAACAAAUGCAACAACCGCCAGCUUCUAGUUCAAAGAGUUAAGCUUUCAAUGUGCCUUUAUUUAUACACAAAAAGAAAAAGAAAAAACAUGAACUUGGAUUAUAAUUCUUUAGUUUCAAGUGGUUGAUUAUAUGUUUUUUUAUUUUAUUUUAUUACAAAGCUUUGUUUUGUUUGCAAAUUAUUGUCUUUGAAUUUGUAAUAUUAUUAAAGGUUCUCCCAUAA